GCCGGGGGCUGACUUGGCUGUGGGCUCAUGGAGCAUCUGCAGAACCAACCAUGAUCCCUUUCUAGACUUGAUAAGAAGGAUGCUCACAGGCUGACUUGGAGGCACUCCGAGACCAGGAGUUCAGGCAAGUGGGGCUAGCAUGUCCACGAAGGCUUCUGGGAACUCAGAACUCAGCCUGACCAGAGACGUGUCCAUUCGCUCCUCCAUGCAUUCAUGCGCUCAACCAAGGCCGCCUGGCCCCAGGCAUCUGGCUGCUGGGACAACGCAGCGAGCAGAACUGGCAGAAACAGCCCGGCCUCCCAGGGGAGGGCAGACAGCACACAAGAUACAGGAGGAAAAUGUGAUAAGCAUGUGAUAAGCACAGGGGGAAACACACAGCAAGAGACAGAGAGGAAGUGCUUGGGAGAGUGUGGCAAGUUGAGCCAACAUGGCUAGGGAGGCCUCCAAGUCAGAAGACUGACUCCCUGCAGAACGCUCUCUCUGACAGCGGGAACGGUGUGCGGUUCUGGGAAAGACCUCGGCCCGCCUCUCCCAGGCAGCAGGACCAGUGCCCGCGGAGCCGGAGAGAAACAGCGGGGGCCCUGGGGCGGGAGUGGGGUGCAUGAGUGGGCCGCAGUGGGCUGGAGUCUGAGGGCCAGGAGGUAGGAGGAGCAGAGGUCAGAUAGGGUAGACCCCCGCCCGUGUAGACCUGCCAUGUGUUAUGGAAUGACCUGUCAUGGGUUGAAUUGGGGUCCCCCCCAAAAGAUCUGUCUAUAUUCUGACCCCCAGAACCUGGGACCGUGACUUUAUUUGGAAAAGGUGAUUUUUGUAGAUGUAAUUAAGUUAAGGAUUGUGAGAUGGGCUCAUCCAGUGACAAGGGUUCUUGUAAGAGUCACUCAGAGGAUGGACACGGAGCAGAGGAGAAAGUCGUGUGAAUAUGGAGACAGACAAAGGAGGGACAAAGCCCCAGGCCUUCCAGAAGCUGGAAGAGGCCAGGAAGGAUCCUGCCUGGAGCCUGCAGAUGGUGUCCUUCUGUGCAGGGUGUGGGGUGAUGGGGGGGUGGGGGCUGGGGUGGGGGGUGGGGCUUAGCCCCUGUCAGCCCCUGUCGGAUGCCAUCACCUCCCCUACCCAGCCUGCUCUGAAAGCUGAUACAAGAUCCACGGGCUCCGAAGGGCCAGAGGGCAGCAGACCACCUGUGCGGCCGGUACAAAAGUCUGACAACAAACACCCGAGCAGGAAGUCCUCGAGCGGCUUCCGACUCCAAGCAGCAGAGGCUUUCGGGCGCCCGGUGGCCGUGCUCACCUUACAGGCUGUUUGUGGCCUGGCGGUGGGUAGCCUCAAGCAAGACCGGCUCCUGUUUCUCUGGAGCGGGAGAAGGGUGUCCAGGCAGGAAGGGUCGCAGGAGGGCUGCUUCUUGCUCCAGGAAGAUGACAGAAGAUUUCUCUUCCCUUGGCAGCUCCCCUCGCAGACAGAGCCGGUGGCCUCACAGGGACGCAGGCACAGAUGGAGAUGCCCCUCUUCGGCAGCUGGAACAGCCUUUGAUUCUGCCCCUGGCGUUGUGAGGACAGCUGUAAACUCUCAGCGCCUGGCUGGCUGCCUCCGGCACCCCGGCGAGACCACCCUGCCCCGUGUCCUGGCCUGGAGCCCGGCUUCCCUCCUGAGGGCUCACCGAGGCUUGGAGAGGCCAUGCUUGCCAGCACUCUGGGUCCGUGCAGCCCCGACAGUGCUCUCCUGCUGAGCUUCCACAGUGCAUGGAGCCAAAACGGAACCCUGUGGAGAGUCUGCUCAGCUUACAGCUGGGAUCUCCACGUUCUGACCCAGCUCUGCCUCCUCAAAGCUGUACAACCUCCAGGAGUUUCCCUUCUGUGCAAGAAGGACCAUAAUACCUAGCUUGCAGGGUUGGCGCGAGGAUUAGAGGCAACGCCGGGCACGCAGGAGGCACAGUGUUGCUUGCGCUUCUCAGAACGAUGCUUCGGCUACCACUGAACAAACAGAUCUGUGCCCGCUGUUUCUCAAGAAGGGAACAACAUGCCAAAGAGAGCCAAAGUGUGGGACUGGGGAGGGAGCCGAGAGAACUCCAAGACUCUUGAAUUGUUAUUUCUCUACUGUUUGGAGAUACUAGAUGCUCAGUCCUUUAAAGCAUCAAAGGAUUUUAGGAGAGGAAAUUUGGUGUUGUGGCUAAGCCAAGGGGCUUUGAAGUCAAGAGCUCAGUUCCUAACAGUUUCCGGAUCUACACUUUCUGAGACUGUAUGACCUUGGACAAGUCACCACUCUUCUGUAAGCCUUAGUUUCUGGAUCAUAAAAUGGGACUAUCAGUAGGGCCCCUCUUGUGGGGCAUUGUGGGGAUUAAAAAAGAUAUCUAUAAAAUUAGGAUGCAUAUAUACCUAUCUUCCAAACCAGGGCACUUUUGAAAGGGAAAAGAGGUGCUAUUAAUAAUUGUUUAGCAACCCAGGACAUCCCAGGCAAACCAGGGCACAUGGCUACACAGCGUAAAUGGCUUAGCGCAGAGCCUGGCCAAAUACACCCUCUGUGACAGCAGCCGAUUUACUGAGGAGUAUGUGGCUUCUCUCACAGCUGGGCGGCUCAUGCUGGAGACAGAAAAGAACCAUUUCAGCACAGGGCUCUGGAUGGAAUAGGGGCCAGGGGCUAGGACUCAGGGGGAGCCAGGAGCCACCAGAGCCUCACCCAGCCCUCCGCGCCCUCCAAGAGGUCGUCCUUCCUGGAAGGAGGUGGUGAGGGACCAAGUCCCUUUCCCAGGGUUGCUGCAAGGGAGCCCUGCUUGGAUUGGCCCCUCUCCACUCUGUCCCAUGGGAUCAAAUUAAAGCCAACUUUGGCAGGGCAAAGGCUCCA